AUGGCUUCUCACACGAGAAAGGACGAUUUCUGCCUCGAGUGCCACUGGGAAGCUUUCCAUCUGGACGGGAAAAACUCGGAAGACCUGCAGGGGACGAAUCCAUCAUCACAGUGGAAUUGCGCAGGCGAGGAACACCAUGCCUCACUCGACCACUGCCAUGUUGAUGAAACUUGUUGUGAAGUCGACACCUGCUCCGUGAAUUGCCAGUCAGUCUGCGAUGGCUUCGUGGACUGUGAUGAGUCCACCGCAUGCUCUGCGGCGCACUGCGAUGAUGCCUGCGAUCACAAGAAUUGUGAGGACCCCGACCCGGCCUGCUUUGAUGACCAGUGUUUUGGCUCUCGCGACUUCACCAAGGAAGCCCCUGGCACAGAGCACAGUCUCGAGUCAUUACUAGGCUUGGGAGGCCCUCUCAACUUGGAAUCCCAUGACUUGAUCUCCUCAACUGCUAUGCAAUCCACGCAGGAGGACGAGCUACCCAAAGCACCUGGGAACCCUGCGUCGGGAAUAGUGGUUUCACAGCCCUCCGCCGAACACUUUAUUCAGCCCUAUGCUGCUGCAAUGCCCCAUUAUCAUCCUCAAAAUACCCCUCAUUUUCAUUGCCAUGACUUCCCCAAGGAAACUCACGACAACCUAAUCAACCCAACCUAUCCUUUACCGAACGAGGUGAAUCCAGCAGAGGUCUUCCACAUGCUGGGGAUGUGUCCUGAUCUGCUGGCCUGCCAAAAUUUCCAUGUGCACGAAGAUCAGGGUUGUCCAAGUCAUUCAGACAAGCUUAACGAAAACGCUGCUUCCGAUUCGCUCGCCUGUUUCCAUAUCCCCCAUUUCAACACAAAUGACCUCAUGAAGAGCCCGGCCCAUCUGAAUGGCAGCACCUCAAGGGGGCCUUGUCGGUCACAUCACCGAUGCCGUACGCAUGGGCAUGCGCACGCCCACCCCUACUCUCAUUUCUAUCCAUACUCGCGUCAUUCACGGUCCAGCGCCGGCUCGCAAUUGCUGUCGAGUCCGGGCGAGACACCACCUCCACUGGACGGUGGGGCCUCGUCCGUGCUGACCAGCCCGGAGUACAGCCCGAUAGAUCGUGAAUUGCACAUCUGCAGGUGGGCGACAACACUAAAUGGUAUCAGUACCACCUGCGGGGCAACAUUCCCGGAUCCGCGCACCCUGCAAGAGCACCUCGUCUCUCGACACAUGGCUACGGUCGACGGAGCCAAGGGGACAGGGUACUACUGCUGCUGGCAGGGGUGCCACCGGCCCGAUGAACCGUUUUCGCAGAAGUCGAAACUCCAGGGCCAUUUUCUGACACACAGCAACUACAAAAGCUUCAAGUGCUCGGUGUGCGGCAAGUUUUUUGCACGACAAGCCACGCUGGAACGACAUGAGCGGUCCCAUCGCGGCGAAAAGCCGUACAGGUGUUCAGAGUGUGGGAAAUCCUUUACGGACAGCAGCGAACUAAAAACUCAUUCGCGGACGCACACCGGCGAGAAGCCGUUCAAGUGCACUUACCCUGGAUGUAACUUCCAGACCGGCGAUUCAUCGAACAUGUCCAGUCACCGAUUAACACAUGGGGUGCGGCGACACAAGUGUCUAUAUCCGGGGUGCAACAAGAGCUUUACCCGACCUGACCAAUUGAAACGGCACAUGAAGUCGACCCAUAAGGACGACCGAUCGACCAUGUCGCCGAUGACGGAGAACUUUGAGCUCUCAUUCGGCAGGGUGGCGUAG